AUGAACAGUACCCACCGCAAAGCGCUCAUUAAUAAGCUGGGCAAAGAACGAUAUCGGACACUCAUAAACAAUGAUUCGUUUCCAAGCCUUCCGAAUGAUAUUAAGGAAGCGGGUCUCUUGAAGAAACAGUCGAACUUGGAUCAAGUCAGCCACACCAGCGAGAGCAAAAGUCGCCAGAUCUCUCCAACAUGUGCAGAAAUCAAAUCCCAGCAAUCAAGUCAUCUUGGAGCAGUUGACUUUGCGAGUGCCUCUACGUAUGAAAUGAACUUGGAGUCAGAAGUGGUCCAAGCUGACGUCGUUCACGAGCAAAACCCAAAUUACGUUAGUGGGAAUAGUCUUACCUUUGGAGACAUUUCUGUACCCAUUUCAAGCUGUCAUCCUUAUCAAGGCUUUACGAAACCUGACCUUAGGUAUCCCCAAGGUGACGACCAAGAGGAUUCGAAUAUUACCGACGCGCAAGAAGUUUUCGAACAUGCAUCACUUGACGGUAUUGCUGCUAUUUUCAAAGGACUUGUUUGCGGGGCCAUCAGAACAACUUCCCCUCUUGCAGACGGACUCAAGCCUUCGAAAGCAUCAGUGACAACCGUGUUCCCUCCUUGGGGAGCAGUCGACUGCUUACUAAGUCUGGACAUAUGUGAAGCAAGUGUAGAACCUCUGGCGGCAGCUCUAUUCAAUGCAACGGUGAAAUGGGCGGAAAAGUCUUUACAUAUUGGCUUCGCAGGAGGAGCAAGCCUUACCAUACCCAACUCCGAGGUGACUCUGAAAGGUGUGCGGGAUGAGGCCAUUGCCCAAGUAUUUGGCUCUGAAAUACAGCAGGCAAUACAACAGAGCCGUAUCCGCAUACAGGAGAUGGAAAAGGGUAAAUUGACGACCGACUGUGUGUCGAUGAUCAUCACAGAGAAAGGAGCUUUCAUUAGCCUGUCACUUGGUCUCGUUCAAGGGCUGGAAAUACAAAAGAAGCUAUAUACAUGA